ACAAAACGUUCGAAAUUCCGUUAUAAUAAAUAGCAGUGGAAGUAUCAUGUGACUUAAACUAAAUUAUCAGCGGAAAAAAUUCAUUUUGUCGUUGAAAAACAGUCUUCCAACCCACGUUUAUCUCAUCCAUCUCAAAAACAAUCAACUGGAAAAAUGCGUUAAGUGAUCCGGGAGAUAACAACUAUAAAUAUAGUACACUGGUGCAAAAAAAAAACAGUCUAGUGCACUUUUCAACCCAUUAUGGAUCAAGGUAUGCAACCUUAAAUACGAUUCUCUAGCGCGAAAGCUCUGAUUUCAAAUUAAGUUGCUUGCUGCUCAGCCACUUAAUCAAUCAGAGACACUUUGAUAAUUUAUUUUUCUGACAAUUUUUAGACUGGUCCUGUACUUCCCCUCAUUGCGGGCAUGUACUUUUCAGAGUACGUCAAAAAUUUGUUUCGCAAAGAAACACUCAAAAAAAGGGUACCCAUAACCACAUGGUUGCCCAAAUACACUCUCAGUACUUUGUUUCAAGACAUUUUGGCCGGUUUUACUGUUGGUUUAACUGAGAUUCCACAAGGCAUUGCUUUCGCCGGAAUUGCAGGUCUAAGCCCCGAAUAUGGCCUCUAUUGCGGUUUCAUGGGCGGAUUUGUCUACGCCCUUUUCGGCAGUUGCAAAGACGUCAAUAUCGGCCCCACCUCCAUCAUGGCUUUGAUGCUUCAAGACCACGUCUCAGAGCUAGGCCCUGACAUGGCAAUCACCAUAACCUUCCUCGCAGGGAUUAUAAUCUUUGUUCUUGGAUUACUAAACUUGGGUUUCGUCAUCGAGUUUUUCUCCUAUCCGAUAAUCGCUGGUUUCACAUGUGCAGCCUCUCUCCAAAUCGCCUCAUCCCAAGUGAAAGGACUUUUCGGGAUUCCGGGCAAAGCCAACGCUUUUUUGGAAGCCUGGGAGGCGGUGUUCAGCAAUAUUGAUAAAAUACGACUCUGGGAUAGUGUUUUGGGCCUCCUCUCGAUCAUUUUUUUGAUCAGUUUGAAGGAAAUCAGGAGAUUUGGGACGUUGCAAUACCGACAAGACUGGUCCAGGAAUCGGAAUAUUUUAGGGAUUUUUUUGUUUAUGCUGUCGUUGGCACGAAACGCCUUAGUGGUGAUUAUAGGAACUGUCAUUUCGUACAGUUUAAGGGAUGACAACCCUUUUAAAAUCACGGGUGAUGUCAAAAGUGGGUUUCCGCCCUUUGAACCACCACCAUUUAGAACCAAAGUCAAUGGUACUGACUACAGUUUCGGUGACAUGGUACAAAAUUACGGACCAUCCCUUGCUUUCAUCCCAUUGGUUGCGAUUCUGGAAGCGGUGUCAAUUGCCAAGGCUUUUUCCAAAGGUAAACCAUUGGAUGCCACCCAAGAAAUGUUAGCCUUGGGGCUUUGCAACGUCAUGGGUUCUUUCGUUAGGUCAAUGCCCAUCACUGGGUCUUUUACCCGAACUGCUGUUAAUAACGCUUCAGGGGUUAAAACACCCCUUGCUGGGAUUUUCACCUCAGCUAUGGUACUACUAGCUAUAGGUUUCCUCACCCCUUCGUUCUACUACGUACCAAAAGCAACCCUUGCUUCUGUGAUUAUCUGUGGAAUGUUUUAUUUAUUCGACUAUGACGCUUUUGUCGUACUUUGGAGGUCAAAAAAGCUUGAUUUGGUACCAUUUUUGACGACUCUUCUCUGCUGUCUUUUUAUUAGUCUCGAAUAUGGAAUUUUGAUCGGAAUUGGAGUUAAUUUACUCUUUGUUUUGUAUGGUAGUGCUCGACCAAAACUCAUCAUAACUAAAGAAAAAAUCUCAGAUUCUCGAGGAGAGACUUUUGUGGUUACCCCGAAAGACACUUUGUAUUUCCCAGCUGCUGAGUAUUUGAGAGACGUGGUUUUGGCCUGCGGAGGGGAAAAUACCACUGUGGUGGUCAAUGGAAAAGAAAUAAGAAAUGUAGACGUCACUGUAGCAAAGAGUAUGGCUGUUUUUGCUCAAGAAAUAGUAGAGAGGGGACAAAAAGUGAUUUUCUUGGAUUUUAAACCAUCAGUAGUAGAAGUUUGUGUUAAAGUUGAUCUCAGUUUACAAAAAUAUUUUGCAGAAGGGCCUUUAGAUGAGAUUGUUGAAAAUGAUGAACCUAUAUUAUCAAUACAAUAGUAUUGUAACACAAUUAAUUAAAACUAUUUUUUAUGUA